CUUGACCAUCUAAUACAUGCAGGGGCAGUUCCAGUUAUAACAGGUACUUGGAUACAUAAAUACCACAUCUUAAACCCUUAGUCAUCCCGGAAAAUCUUAUCAAACCUAAUCCGCACCCCACUAAAAUUCGCUAUCGAUUGGUGUAUCGCGAUUCGCAACUCGCAAACCCGCAACUCUGCCGUCAAAUUCGAGAUACUCGAAGUUACCUAUAUAACAGACGAUACCUCUCUCCCCAUUGAAGCGGCAAUCCCCGUCGAGCUCGACUCCGCCCCCGUUUGUUCUGUAACCGGGUCGACGCGGUUUGACGAGCGACUGAAUAACAUAACGUUCUCGUGCGCUCCAUGUGAGCAAAGCAGCCGACGACAAGAUGCUGUACGAGCUAAUUGGAAUCGUCCGACCCGGCAACCUCGCCGAGGUAAAAGAAAUCGUCCUAACAGCCGGCCAACUAAUCCUACAACAAAAAGGCGUCAUCCGCGGAAUCUCCAACUGGGGCGUCUUCCUGCUCCCCAAGGCCACCAGCGUGCACCAGAUGCGGCACCACUCCGGCCACUACUUCGCCAUGCGCUUCGACGCCAGCGUCGGCACCCAGCAGGCCGUGCGCAACAUGUUGGCCCUCGACCCCCGCAUGAUCCGCCACGCCUCCGUCAAGCUGGGCGACGGGAAACUAAGCACCAUGAGCCGAUUCGGCGGGCCGGAGUGGUCGUCGACCUAGCUUAUCUCGCAGACGAGCCGAGGGAGAUGAUAAGAAGAGAUGAUGAGACUAGGCUAAGGUCUCGGAGUCUGGGAGUGAGUGGUGUUGUAUAUGUAUAAUACGUCUACUCGCUUUACUCAGCCUUCUGUCUUCCCGUGUUAGAGGAGGAUAGAUAGAUAGAUCAUUUCCGUAACCAUGUGCACGAGAGCAAUGGUUAGUAUCGGAGCAGCGGUAAAAGAGGGCUCCUAUAUCUAGUAGCCGGGGAAUAGCAACGACGACGCAUGUCAGGGGGCUUGGAUGAUAUGAACCGUUGAUCUGGCUACGGAUUCGCUUGCUCGCUGUAUAAAUAUGACAUGAUAUGAGGAACAUACAAGGUAUAUAUACCAGGAGCAUAAAUACAGACAUGUGAAAGACAACGUAAUAGAUACGUGCGCGU